UGCAUAUGUUGUGAAGGAAAGACCUGAUUUUUAUAUAUUUUUGUUGCUUUCUAAGGGUAUUUUCGAAUUUUGUCGUAUAUUCGUUCGGUGCGGGAGAAGCGGAGUGGAUCGAUUAUGCGUGCGUGUGGUCCGGAGUCCUGCAGUAGCUUCCAGUCAAAACUCCAGAUGGAGAAGUAACUUCUGGAAUUGAAAAAUAUCGCCCGCUGUUUGCUUUCCGGCGGUGAAGUGGAUUUCAGUUGCGAUCUUCAAAUUUGACGAUAUCGGAACUACGGUGGUGAUUACCGAUUCGUUGUGGUUGGAGAGAGAAUAGCAAUUUUGGUUUUUUUUUUCUUUUUUUUUUCAAGUUCGUGAUGAAGAAAGGGAAGGGGAAGAACGGGAAAUUGUUGCCGAAUUCUUUGAGGAUUAUUUCGUCGUGUAUCAAAACGGUGUCGACCAAUGCCAGUACUGCAGUGCGCUCCGCUGGUGCGACCGUCGCUGCUUCCAUUGCAUCUUCUGGAGAUGAUCGCAAAGAGCAGGUACUGUGGGCUGGUUUCGACAAACUAGAGCUUAGUGCAACUGCUUUCAGGCGUGUCUUGUUGCUGGCUUAUGUGAAGGGCUUUCAAGUUUUCGAUGUUGAGGAGGCUUCUAGUUUGAGUGAAUUGGUUUCCCGGCGCGAUGGGCCAGUUACCUUUCUACAGAUGCUUCCAUCUCCUGUGAAUUCUGAUGCUAUGGGGAAGUACAAAUCUUUGCAUCCGAUACUUGUGGUUGUUGCGGGGAAUGAGAACGAAGGAAUCACAUCUCUUCAGAAUAUGGGGCAAGGGCCUGUGAGAUACAGUUCAGCGGACACCUCACUAGGGGCUCCUGUUGACUCUUCUUCUACUGUUCGAUUUUACUCGAUGAAAUCAAAUGAGUACAUUAAAGCUAUUGAUUUUAAGUCAAUGGUUUUAAUGGUUAGAUGCAGUCAGAGGGUUGUCGCUAUUGGGCUUGAAGAGCAAAUUUGUUGCUUGGAUUCCCACACUCUUGAGAAAAAAUUCAUAGUUGCCACUUAUCCAGUCUCCCGAAUGGGAGAGCAAGGAGUCCGCGGAAUCAACACAGGGUAUGGUCCAAUGUCUGUGGGACCAAGGUGGUUAGCUUAUCCUCCUAAUCGACCUUUUAUGUUGAAUACAAGUCGGGUGAGCCCACAGAUCCUUGCUUCUAGCGUUAGUCCAUCAACAUCUCCUGCAAGUGGCACAAUGAUGGCUCGCUAUGCUGUGGAACCUGGCAAGCAUUUAGCUAAUGGAUUACUCACGGGUUGCAAAAAAUUAUCAAAGUACUGUCCGGAGCUGCUUCCUGACACAACUACUGGGAAGCUACCAGCAUCUGAAUCGGAAUUUGCUGGAGUGGUUGCUGUGAAGGACCUUGUAUGCUCAGACAUUAUUUCACAAUUUAGGGCUCAUACAAGUCCAAUAUCUGCUUUAUGUUUUGAUCCAAGUGGGACACUGCUGGUUACUGCAUCCAUACAUGGAAAUAACAUAAAUGUAUUCAGGAUCAUGCCUUCACAUAAAUGUGGUGGAUCGAGCAAGCCUGACUGGAGCACUUCUUAUGCACAUCUUUACAAGCUACAUCGUGGGAUUACUAGUGCUGUAAUCCAAGAUAUCUGCUUUAGUCAUUGCAGUCGGUGGGUUGCUAUUGUAUCAUCACGUGGAACUUGCCAUAUAUUUGUUCUGUCCCCCUUUGGAGGAGAUGACUGUUUUCAAUCUCUAAUUGCUCAAAGUCAAGGUAAUCAUCUGUUUUCAGCUUCCACUCCGGCUCCACCAUGGUGGUCUGCGUCGUCUUUCUCUGUGAACCAGCAACAUUCUUUGCGUCCACCUCCGUGCACCCUCUCUGUUGUUGCCAGGAUGAAAUCAAGUGAGUCUGGUUUGAUUAACUCGGUAAGCAAUGCUGCUGCUUCAAUGGCGGGUAAGUUAUGGGUGCCAUCAGGAGCUGUUGCUGCUAUAUUUCACAACUCCAACUCGUCGGGCUCUCUGGAUACCAAAUCAACUGGCAGUUCACUGGGGCAUAUCUUGAUUCAUACCUCGUCGGGCUUCGUGGUCCAGCAUGAAAUUCUGUACACAGUGUUGAUGGGUGAGAGUAAAACUGACUCUGUGUCGGCUCGGCAAAUAAACGCGCCCCAAAUUGAGGAAUACAGAGUGAGAGUUGAACCUAAUCAGUGGUGGGACGUGUGCAGAAGAUUGGAUGCUGCGGAGAGGGAGGAGUGUAUUUCUGGGAGUGUCUUUGAUGGACAUUCUGCUCCUGAAACUCGUGAUGAAUCGAGACUUGUUUUCCAGGAUAAUUCGAGUGUGGCGAGCAAAAGACUGAUGAAGACUAAUUCACUGAAGUCCUCGGAUAAAUCUCAAUGGUACCUUUCGAAUGCUGAAGUGCAGAUAAACUCUUCCAGAUUACCCGUAUGGCAUAAAUCAAAGAUGCGUUUCCAUGUCUUGGAACUUCCAAGAGAAAAAUGCUACUUGAAUGGGGAAAUUGACAUUGAGAUGGCGCCGACACAUGAAAUUGAAAUACGACAGAAGGAUUUGCUGCCAAUAUUUGACAAUUUCCCUAGAGCAAGAUCUGGCUGGAUUGACAGACCUAUUCCAUCCUCCAAUAGUUCUCAAGCUAAAGAAAAGAUCAACGAAGCAAGUAUCGUCUGCCUUUCACAGCCGCCGUCAUGUAGUUCUACCGAAAGCUCUGAUGGAGGUUCAUCAAGACGAAUGGAGAAUCUGCUCGAUUUGGAUCACGUGAGCCUUGAUAGAUGUCAAGUUCAUGUUAGCCGUUCCUCAAGUGAUUCGAUCCUUGAAAGAGAUGAUAACACCAACCUCAAGAUUUCGUUGAUCGAUCAGAGAUGCAAAUCCAUUCCAACUGUGCCCGCUGCAAAUGUCCGCAGCGUCAAUUUUGCAGAUGAUAAUGCUGUUAUUAGCCGAUCAUCCUCAAUGGGCAAUGUAAAUCCAUCAUCAAACACGGAUGAUACCGACUCAGAUGCAGAUCUUAGGCGUUCGAGGACCAAAGAAACAGUAGAUUUGUUGGAGCUAUUUAACGAAGGUUACUGUAAUAAGCCAGAAUUUCAUGAUCAACAGAGGUCGAUCGAAGGUGGCAGCGCAACUGCUGAGACAAACGCCAAUGCUAAUAAUCAAGAAGAGGAGAAUUCGGAAGAAGGAUGGAUUGGUGGCAUGUUUGAUUUCUCCUAAGAAGGUUAAUGUCCUAUUCUGAUCGAAACACCUAAGCUGAGUGAUCCCGCUGUAUAGGCAGGCGAAUAUAUGAGGCUGCGAAUAUCUGCUCGAUGGCUUGACGGCGCGGCCCGUAAGUGAUUUUUUUUUAAUUUGCUUUGUAAAUUAUAUUUAGUGAAAUCAAUAUCACCACGGAAGAACCAGAUUGUUUUGAAUGGAAAUACCUGUGUAUAUUCUUUGCUCCUAUAUUAUAAAUGAAUUACAGUUGGUUGUUUUGGUAUUUCUAAAUAAAAAGAAUGGAGAAGAAGAGAUAAUGAAGGAACAGAUAAGUGUGAAAAAUGUGGUACCAGAAUGAGAUGAAAUUCUGCAGCUGUUUGAAAGAGACGUCUUUGCUGAUGAUCCUCAUAAUAAAUGUGUACACAUGACCUGAUCUCAUUCUUACUGUCCUGUUUCUCCUUCCAUUGUUGCUCUGUUAGUGUUGGUUUGGGUUGGGUGGGGUAGGGUAGGGUUGUGCAAACCAAGAUGUAUGUAUGUAUGUAUAUAUACAGGAGUGUAGAGACGGAGCGGACCACCAGUGAUCGGCACGUCAAUGUCACUGUUCAUAUUUAUGGUUUUUGUUGUGGAGGAGAUGAAGAAAGACAGCACAUGGUUUCUGUUAGGUUCAGCCAACAACUGGUAGGCUCGGAGAACGGUUUCUCACCGCCAAAUCUUCCCCGAGGCUGGUAAUGAGCAGACAGAUGAGAGUUCCAUGGCUAAGCCAGAGCUGGACGUCCAGAAAAUGUGAUUGAAUUCAAUUCAAUUGCACAGAGUUCUUCGUCGACGACGACGUUGAGGAUCAAUUC